AGAGAGCGUUUAAACCACUGUUCACUUCACUUCUCCACGUGUAACGUGGCAACCGGAGAUGGCAAAGCUCAUCAGCAAGUGAAGCUUAUUCUUUAUUUCUUCAAAUAAUCGCGACAUGGACGCGGUGAACUUGGACAGCAAAGUAGAUCGCUUUAACGGCAGCAUGGAGGAGCAGUACCGGACGCUGGCGUAUGACACCGCGCUAAGUACUUUACUCGCAGUGCUGGUCUACGUGGUGGUGAAGGUGAGCCUGGACGGAAUCCGCCAAUGGCGAGCUCGAAUCUCAGUUUUGAUCGUUGGCUCAGGUCCGAUCGGACUGACCGCGGCGCUGGUCGCUGUCCGCUCCGGGAAGGUGCUGAAGUUGACGGUGCUGGAUGAGCGCUACCGGAGCGCGCUGCUCUGCAGACCCCAACAGAUCGCGCUGGAUCCCCGCAGCGUCCGCUUCCUGCUGGACCUGGGGGUGGAUUUCGACAACAUGGAAGGGUGCUGGCACAACGAGCACUUCUUCACCAAAAUCGGAGUGUUUCAAGAGUAUUUGCUGAGCAUCCUGGAGCAGAAGAAGCAAAAGGUUGAUGUGAAAGUCCAUUUGGGUACAAAGUUUAGUGAAGAGUACCUGAGGAGGAUCCCGAUGGGGGAGUGGCCACGGGUCAUUGUAGUUGCAGAUGGCUCAUGUGGUGAUUCGUGUUCUGUUCUGGGCAUCAGUGCUGAUUACAUUGUAGAAUCAUGUCGUGCUUAUGGAGCCAAUGCCACUAUAGAAAGACUGGACCAGAGACAGGUUCCCACACCAGAGAUCCGAGCUCAUAGUUUAUACUUUGAUCUAUCAGCGUAUGGUAUUGACACUCCGAAAGAACCACACAGCUCCAGCCAGCCUGCAGCAAAACCAGGAUUCCAUCUGAAGAUAUAUGGAACAUUCCGGAACCGCUACAUGGCUCUGGCCUGCACUUCAGGUGCAGACUCCAAAAUGAUGCAUUUCCUGCGCCACACAGCCAACUCUUCUAUCAUGAAGAACAUCUUCCAUCAGUCCUUCAACGCAUAUAAGACAGACAUUGAGUCACGUCUGAGUGAACUCACCCUACAUCACAUGCAGUGCAGUCGGAAGCUGUUUGAGAUCAUGCUGUCAUACAGACGAGUUAGUGCUGCUUACAUUGAAGGAGAUAAUGUUUCAGUGACUGUGGAAGGAGAAGCUGCAAGAGUGCUUAACUUUGACACUGGUUGUGGUGUGAACUUUGGCAUGAGAGGACUGGAGUCGCUCGGAUUGUUCAUUUACAGAACUGCCACGGCACUGGACCAAAAUGAUGUGUUUGAGGCGCUCUCGGCCAAAAUCCAGCACUCCAGACACGUGGCAGAGACUUUCAAGCAAACCGGACUGGCCUCUGCAAUGUUUGAAUGACACGUGCACAUUCGUGUUUGAGUGAGCAGUAUCUGUGCGUGUAUGCUUUGAGAUACAUGAUUAAGAACUUGCAGAAUGUAAUGCUUACAAACUGUGAUCUGAAAAUGUUAUUUAUCUGAUGUUAUUGAACAUUGUGUGUGAUUGCUUUUAUAAGCAAAUGUUGUUUUGAAUUUGGAGUAUGCAUAUUUGCAUUUAAUUUGUGAAGUUUAUUAGUGUAAUGUGAUGGUAAAAAUAGUUCAUGGAACAUUUGUGUGUAUUUUAUUUUUUAAUUAGAGCUGUCAGAAUUAACGCGUUAACGCAUGCGAUUAAUUUAAAAAAGCUUAACACGUUUAUUUUUCUUAAUCGCGAUUAACGCAUUUACCGUUAAUACAACAUAAACGCAUGUUGGGCAGAGCAGAACCUAUGUAAUGUGUCUGCCUGGAGUCAUCAUUUCACUCACUCACUCUCACACACACACACACACACCAGAGCCCAUAUACCAAGGUGUACCUACAAGCUUAGCACAAAAUAGCAUAACGCAACAGUCCGCUACACUCUCUCCUUUGAUAGAGCCGUGGAGGUCUUUAACAGCGAUUUCGUGAUAAAAAGA